GGGAAAGAAACAUGGCCGCCCCCUGUGUCUGAGCUCCCUGUACGCAUCGAGUCGCCGGCACCAUGCAGUCGGACGAUGUUAUCUGGGAUACUCUAGGAAAUAAGCAAUUUUGUUCCUUCAAAAUCAGAACCAAGACUCAGGCUUUUUGCAGAAAUGAAUAUAGCCUCACAGGGCUGUGUAAUCGUUCCUCUUGUCCACUGGCCAACAGUCAGUAUGCCACUAUCAAAGAAGAGAAAGGACAAUGCUUCUUAUAUAUGAAAGUUAUAGAACGAGCAGCUUUUCCCAGACGCCUCUGGGAACAGGUGCGACUUAAUAAAAAUUAUGAGAAAGCACUGGAGCAAAUAGAUGAAAAUUUAAUUUAUUGGCCACGUUUUAUUCGACACAAAUGUAAGCAGAGAUUCACCAAGAUUACCCAGUACUUGAUUCGAAUUAGAAAAUUGACACUUAAGCGGCAGAGAAAACUUGUUCCUUUGAGUAAGAAGGUGGAGCGGAGAGAAAAAAGGAGAGAGGAAAAGGCAUUGAUAGCUGCUCAAUUGGACAAUGCUAUCGAAAAGGAAUUGCUGGAGAGACUCAAACAAGAUACGUAUGGAGACAUCUACAACUUCCCCAUUCAUGCCUUCGAUAAUGCUCUAGAACAGCAGGAGGCAGACAGUGACUCUUCAGAUGCUGAGGAAAAUGAUGAUGAAGAUGAAGAAGAUGUAGGGAAAAGAGAGUUUGUAGAAGAUGAUGAGGUGGAUGAAAGCGAUAUAAGUGAUUUUGAGGAUAUGGAUAAAUUGGAUGUCAGCAGUGAUGACGACAAAUCCUCCAUUGAGGAAGAAGAAAAAAUCAAGCACAAAGGCAAACACAAAGGCAAAACACCUCUUAAAGGACCUUUACAGAAAAAACGUGCCUUUGUAGAGAUUGAGUAUGAGCAGGAAACAGAGCCAGCGGCCAAGUCCAAAGCCACGUGAUUUCCCUUUAUAUUUUAACAGGAAUCAAACACAUUAACACCUUCAGAUUUUGCUCUUCAUGUUGCAUUUAACAUAAUGUGGGUUUCUGGUUUGUGGCCGAACAAAGAAUGACUUAAUACUGCAAGCAAAGUUAUUUUUGUAAUAUUGGCAUAUGUGUUAAAGUAACAGCUUGAGCAGCUUAAAGAUACAUUUGUGGAUAUAAAUAUUUCUGAAUUAUAAAUGCUA